GUUAUGCUUCUUAUCGCCCCAGAAACACGAAAAUGCAAUAAAAAUUUGUUUCAUGGCUUUUUUCUCGGUGUAAAGUAAGAAAUUUUAAAAUUGUCUCUGUUUAUCGAACUUUGUCCUGUGAAUUAGUUCCCAAUCCAGAUGUUGAUUGGAGGUAAUAAAGUGAGUCAAAAGCAGAAAAAGCUUCAUUAGUUUAACUGUUGCUACAAUCUCUACGGUCGCUUUAACAGUUUAAACGUUACCAGUUAAAACUGGAUUUCAGACUGCUGGGAGAGAGAGAGAGAACUGGGUGAUUUAAGCCUCCACAACCGACAUCUGAAGUGAGACUUCAUCAGAAAUUCUGUCAGAGUGCUGAGGGAACAUUUAGUUCAGAUGUGAUGAAGGGAAACCAGGGUGGCUAGUCUUUAGCGCGCUAGUCGCUGAAACCAUGAUGGUAUUUUACUUUAUAACCCUCUUUUACUUGUUUAACCAAAGGUUUUAGAUGCUCAUUUUCACAAUAAAAGAGCUGAAAGACUCGACUAGCCUCUUGAAUUUUCUGAUAGCAUCUGAUAGCUGCCAAAUGCACAUCGUAACUUAAAGGUACAAUAAGUAAGUAUUUUACAGUGAAAUAAUCACAGAACAGCCUGAUGUCUCAGUCGUGCUGAGAGGAAGGUCGUGCUGGGACAGAUAUCCUUCUCAGCCAGCUGGAGGGGGUUGGUAGUUUUCCUCUUUUUAAAAGACGUAGCUUCCGUUUGAAACCAACGAGCCCGUGGGGUUGCCAAGUCUGGUGUUGGUAACUCGACACCCGCCGGCCAAAAGCAGCUCGGUUGUGGACAGCAUGUAACCAGUUAGCAGAGGCUAUUUAUUGUACUUCCAAGAACAUCCUUUUGUUUUACUCUAAUAUUGGGUAAAGAAGGCUAGAUGCUAAUGUUGAGCUAACAAUGCUAACUCUAAAAUAAUCUGAAACCACUUUUUAAAUGACCAACUGCUGGAUGUUACAGGGAGAUGUUUUUAUCUUCUAACCAACUUACGGCGCAUGACUCGUCUUCAUUGCUCAUCGUGAAUCUUUAGGCGCGGAUCUGGAAGCAGCCGUAAAACCCUCGUAAGUGGGAGUCCCUCACCACAUUUGUUUUGAUGCAUGGCCUGCAAUACCCACAUCUGACCACAGGAGGUCGUUGUUACAUCACAAUCCUUCAAAUGCUCAUAAAAUGGAGACCUCGUUUCUCUCCUCCCAAAACUACAACAGGCGUAAUCACGGGUGCAUCGUAUCAGCUUGUUUAUUUUAUUAUUUAGAUUUUUUUUUAAUAAUAACAUAACAUAAUAACAUAAAACGUUUUUUGAUCAGUGACACAAAGAAGAUGAUAAACAAUAGAGCUAUAAUAUUUAGGUCCUCUAACACCAUCAUUAAAUCCUCUGAAUAAAAAGGAUUUGAUCCUCAAAUCGAUCAAAGCUGCUUAGAUUUGUUUUUCAUCUCCUGGCUUCAUGUCCAGCAUGUUUUGUAUUUCAAAAUAAAAGUGCUGCUUUUAGAUUGUGUAAAACUUAUGUUUUCAGGUGUUUUUUAACUGUCAACAUUUUGUGUCUAACUCCAUCGAGGGGCUGCAGCUACUUGUUCAGUGGCUCAUUUGAACUGUUAGCUGUUGGAAUGAUAAAUGAAUGAAACGGUGCAGGUGAAGCUAAAAUAUGAUGAAAUAAGCCUAAUCACCUUUUUUACAGUUAGUGUGACGGUGAUUUACAUUCCUCUGAUGUUGUUUGGCCUGCUGGGGAACAUACUCACCAUUCUGGUGGUUUGGCUCCGCCCACACAUGAGAAGCUCUACUUACCUGUACCUGAGCAGCAUGGCUGUCAGCGAUCUGCUGAUCCUCCUGCUUCUGCCUCUGGAUCUAUACAAGCUGUGGAGACCUAGACCCUGGCCCUUAGGAGACCUUGCCUGUAAGCUGACCAUGUUCCUCUCUGAGUGCUGUACCUUUUGCACCAUCCUCCACAUCACCUUCCUCUCCUUGGAGAGGUACUUGGCAGUGUGUUGGCCAAUCACAGCAAAGACGAUGGUGACACGGCACAGAACCAGGGUCGUUAUUGGCUGCCUGUGGUUGGGCGCAGCAGUCAGCGCUGCACCCGUGCUGGUCAUGGUGGGGGUGGAGGACGUCGGGGUGGAGGACCCUGGUCUCAGCCAGUGGAGGGAAGGUGGUGGAUGGACGGGCGAGUUCGUGAUAGGCGGAGGAGAAACAGAAGGUGCACACAUGGCCUUGCUGGAUGCUGGGUUAGAUGGAAUACAGCUGGGAGAGAAAGAGACAAGAGGAUGGGACGAAGAACUCAGAGAAGUCAAUAACAAAUCUGGAGCGGUGACUGAACGGAAACGAGAGGAUGAAACAAAAGAUCUGGAGGAAUGGAAUAUCGACUCUGUCAGGGAACAGCAAAAUAAAAAGGAGGAUGAAGGAGGAGGAGAACAGAGAGCGGAUGGAGGUGAAGGAGAGAUCGACAGAAGAGAGUGCCGCUGCACACACUAUGCCAUCUCCUCAGGCCUGCUGGCAGCCAUGAUGAUUCUCUCCAACUUGUACUUCCUGGUUCCCCUUUGCAUCCUUGGACUGGUGUACAGCCUGAUUGGACGGACGCUGUGGCUCCGCCCCAAAAGCAGCAGGAGAGACCAGAGUCACCGAAACACUGUCAAGAUGCUGGGGAUGAUUGUUUUGGCGUUCGUCCUCUGCUGGCUGCCCUUCCAUGUUGGUCGAACUGUGUUAUCCCUGUCUCUCGAUGCACACGCGUACUUUCUAUACUACCUCUCUCAGUAUCUGAAUCUGGUGUCUUCUGUCCUCUUCUACCUCAGCGCUGCCGUCAACCCCCUCCUCUACAACCUGAUGUCUGCCAGAUACAGGCUAGCAGUGCACAGCCUCGUGCACAAGCACUCUCACACUCAUUCUCACCGCCUGCGCACGCUCACUUCACGACACUCCACCACCACUCUAUAAUAGGAAACACACACACAUACACACACACACAC